AAGGUUAAUUGUUUAAAAAACUGACACUUUGUAAAGUCUGAGUUCUUCCUUUUCGUUAAACCUAGCAGCCGCAAAUUCAACGACGCCGUUUGUUCCUAUUCUGAUUUUUCAUCUGUACUUCACCAUCUCUUCUCUUUCUACUUUCAUUCUCCAGAUUCGUUAUAUCAAUAUUUUGUGGCCAUGAAAGGAGGAAGGAAGAAUUUGAAAAGAGCCUCAGAGGAAAAACAUGUAACUCUUGGAGAUGGCCAAUGCAUCAUGCAAGUCGUCUCUCUUCGAGGCUCCAAUCUCAUUGAGGUUAUGGAUGCUAGCGGCGAGAAAUCACUAGCUCUAUUUCCUGCUAAAUUUCAGAAAAGCAUGUGGAUAAAGCGAGGAAACUUUGUUGUAGUGGACGAGAGCGGAAAGAAAGAGGCUCUUGAAUCAGGAAGCAAGGUUGGUUGUAUUGUUUCUCAAGUACUUUUCUAUGAUCAACUCCGAGCAUUGAGGAAAUCUGCAGAAUGGCCUGAGAUUUUUAAAGAUGAUCUAAACGAAAGAGUCGCUGGACAACAAGAGAAUGAGACGGACACAAGCGAUGAUGAUGAUGAUGAUGGGCUGCCUCCAUUGGAAGCCAAUACAAACAGAUUGAGACCUUUUGAACCAGAAGAUUCAGAAUCCGAUUCAGAUAAUGAUGAUCAUUUUGUUGCCUCACAUAGUUCAACCAAAACUCUGUAAAAUAUGUUCUUGUACCAAAUCUAUGUACUGAGUAUUUCAAUAUUUAUUAAAGAAUCCAGUUCACAAACAA